AUGUUUUCUGUGCACUCGCAUGUUGGUGUCAUCGUUGGUGCCGUCGUUGGUGUCGUUGCUGGUGUCAUAGUUGGUGUCAUCGCUAGUGUCGUAGUUGGUGUCGUUGUUGGUGUCGUAAUUAUGUCGUCGUUGGUGUUGUCGCUAGCUGGUGUCCUUGUGGUGUGGUUAUUUUUUUGGUACCAUGUAUUAUCAUUUCUUGGCUGCUUUGGGUGUGCUGUAUAUCGUCAUUUUUUGGUGUUAUGUGUUGCUGUUUAG